AUGCAAACAGAAGAGAAUUAUCCAAGAGUGAAGCAAGUAAUUGAAGUUUUGAUGUUUUUCUCGAUUUUUAUAUCGAUUUUAUUGGUUUGGAUUCGUUGGAGUUGGAAUUUCUUGCAUUUUGUAAUUCCACAAUUAUCAAUUCGAAAACAAUGGACAUCAAUUCUAAUUGGAUUUAUACAUUGUUUAUUGAUUUUUGUGUUGAUUUAUGGAUUAGUUUUGGAAUUGGAAUUAGAUUCGGAAAGAAAAGAACAAUUGAAAAAUGAAAGCAUCCAGAAUCCAUUAGAUGGUAUGUUUUUGUAGAAAAAAAAUAAUAGAGAGAGCGUUCAAAUUAUCAUUUUUCUUUUUUCAGGAAUCGAGGAAAAAAUCGGAAAAGCAAUCACCAUAUUCUAUGAAAUUCCAGUAUUUCCAAAAGCCAUUCAAAACAAAAAUGAGAUUAAGGCCUUUAUUCUCCAUGAAAUUGGGUUCAAAACAAUUCAAAACAUAACCAAUGGCCAAAUAAAAAAAGUUAUGAAAAAAUGUAAAAAAUCGCUUGGAAAUUUUGAAAAAAUUAAAAAUUAUGGCAAAGAACAUCGAUUCAGAAGAGAAUUCCAAAAAGUGGUUACUCUAUUUAAUAAUGAAUUUCAAGCAAAAGAUAUUAAAUAUAUUCGAAACCAUUUGUAUGAUAUGGAAGAAUAUUUGGAAAUAUUGAAACCAUUCAUUAAAAAAGCAAGGAUUAUUGUUAAUGAAAAUAUUCGUUUGAAAAUUGAUUCAAUUGUAAGUUUUUUGUCGAAAUAAUCAAGGCUUUUUUCUAAACUUCGAGAUUUUCAGACUGCUAAUUCAAAUCGUGCUCUUCUUAUGAUACUCAUCCCAACCGGUCUACUUAUACCAAUAUUAAUUCUCUCAAUGAUUAUCAAUUUUGUUUGGAGAAUGUCUUGUCCACCAAAAAUCAUCUGCCAAUUUCAAAAAUUCGUAUUCUACUUCGUUUCAAUUUUAUUGAUUUAUCUGGCAAUUUGCGGAAUUAUUCAUAACUACACUUCAGAUUCAAUAUGUUUAUUCGACAAAUCGAUAAAUAUCCAAAUUCGUGUUAUCCUCAACAAUUUCAAUGAUAUUUUGAGAAGCUGUGCAGAAAACAAACAAUAUUUUUUCAACAAUAAUAAAAUUGCAAAAUUCACUUUUCUUGAAAAAUCGACAAAGUCAUUGCAUUUAUAUUUGCAAGGAUUUUUCAACAGCAAAAAUCAGCAACUUUCUUUUCUACGAAAUACGGAAAAUUUGGAUUGUAUGAAUAAUUCACAAAUUUCGGAAUAUUUUCAAUCAGUUCGACAACAUUUGAAUCUUGAACUCAAAAAAGAUUUUGCACGAUAUGCGAUUUUGAAUUUUUAUGAAGUUUCAUUCAAAAUUCUUGAAGAUUCUGUGAAACAAAUUAAUGUGAGUUUUCAGAUAAUAGUCCAAAUCUAUUUUUCUAUAUUUCCAGACCGCUCUUGAAAUCGCUAACUUCAAAUGUGAACCAUUGUAUGAUUUAGUAUCAAAAUGUUUUGGUCAAAUUUUGAUAAUCGAGAGAUUAAUUGAAAUGUCAAAUGUUUUGUGUUGUUUGAUUUAUUUGGUGUUGUAUAUUCUGAUGUUGAGAAAAACUGGUAGGUCUCGCUCGGGAAAAAUUACAAGCCUUUUUUUAUAUCUGGGAUUACUUGAGAUUUAUUUACUGGAUUUCAAAUCUACUUUUUUAAAAAGUCUUUUUAGAUUGAUUACUGUAGCUCAGUUUUCUGACAAUAUUUAUUUACUAGUUGCUUUCUAUUAAUUCAAAGACAAGUCGAUGUUCAACUAAUUUAAUUGUUUUCAGAUUUAUCGCAAUAUUCGGAAGAUAGACGUCAAAAAUGGAUCGAAAGAAUGAACAAAAAUAUCGAUGCGAUGAUAAAUAUUUAUAACCAAAAGCUAAAAGAUUAUGUCGAUCCAAAAGCUACAUUCGAAUAUUUUGAAGCAAAUAAGACAAGUAAUCGAUAUGCCAAUGUUCCAUGUCAAGAUGAAAAUCGUAUUGUUUUACCUGGAUAUAUUCAUGCAAACUAUUUGAAAAUCCCAAAAACUUUGUUAGAUCCAGUGGAACAUCGAGCAAUUUUUGGAUAUUUGCGAAAAUAUAUCAUAACUCAAGCACCAAUUUUAUCAACAGUUUCGGAUUUUUGGCAAAUGUGUUGGCAGGAAAAUGUGAAAAUUAUUGUGAUGUUUUGCGAACAAAGUGAAAUGAUUUAUUAUCCAAAACAGAUUGGAGAAUCUUUUGAAUAUUGUGAUAAAGGUAUUCAAAUUAUGUGCCGUGAUAUUCAACAACAUCGAGUUAAAGGUAAGUCAAAAAAGCUAGGAUACUUUUGGAAUAGUGAAAAAAAAUGAGUUACGAAUCUCACAAACAAAAAAUUUCGGAAAGUUUUCGGGUUUAGGCACCUCUCCAAAACAAAAUAUUUUUAAAGGAGUCGAAUAUCGAAUUUUCGAAUUGCAAACUCCGGGAGACACUAAAAUCAUUCAACAUUUGUCUAUAAAUUGGUGGAAACAAAAUGAAGCGCCAGAAAGUAUUCAUAUAUUUUUGGAUUUGUUUCGUUGGAUAAAUAAAAAAACUCGAAAAUUCAACAUGGAUUCGCCAAUUUUGGUUCAUUCGAUGAAAGGAAUUGGAAGAGCUGGAACAUAUGUUGCAUUUGAUUAUAUUUAUUCGAGAAUUUUUGAGGAUUCUUGUUUUGAUACAUCAAAGUUGAUAAUGGAAUUGAGAAAAUAUCGAUAUGGAUUGGUGGAAAGUUCAGAACAAUUUGUAUUUCUCAAUGUUGCUUUGGUCGAAUUUAUGGCAAUGGUGGGCUCUUUUGGUGCAAGGGUUUUUCGGGGGAAUUUUGAGGUUAGAAUGUUUAAGCUUACAAGGAAAGGUUUUCAAUGUUCCCCCAAGGAAAAAAUCGAGAGUAUGUGGAAUGUUGAGGGUUCCCAUGGGUAAGAAAAACCCUAACGGGAAUAAGGAGAAAAAUGCCUUGUUUUAGAAAAUUUUGGUGUUAUUGAUUUUUGCGAUGAAAUUUUUUAGAAAAAUCGAAACUUUUUUCAAAAUUGAUGAAAAAUGUCGGUCCAAAAAUCCAUUUGUAGCGCAAACGGCGUACUUUAGUAUUACUUCGACUAAAAUUAGGAAUAAAAUAAUUUUGGUCCCAAAAGUCCACUAAAUCAAAAAUCCAGUUUAAAAAAUUCAUAGAAAAUCAACGUUUUCGUUGUGAAGGAGAAGUUUGUGUGAAUCGAGACUAUGAUUUUCGGAUUCUACGGACCAAAUUACGUCUGUUGACCGUCAUAAAUUUUUCAAGUUCCGUUCAUUUGAAAAUGGAAAAAAUUAUUUUUUGUGUUUUUUGGUGACCAUUUGAUCAGAAAAACCCCGACUAAAAAAACCAAAUUUCAAAAAAUGUCUAAUUUUUUGAUAAAAAGUUUCACAAACACGUAAUCGACCAUUCUGAACAACUUCCACGACUCAAAAGUUCAUGAAAUAGAUUCAAAAUCGAGUUACAGAUGCUCUAAAAAUCAAAAAAUGGUGUAAAAAUCGACCUAAAAUACAUUUUUUCUCGAGAAUAAGGCAUUUUUCUCCUUAUUCCCGUUAGGGGUUUUCUUACCCAUGGGAACCCUCAACAUUCCACAUACUCUCGAUUUUUUCCUUGGGGGAACAUUGAAAACCAUUCCUUGUUAGAGCAUUUCAGCUUCCAACACUCGCGAUUGUCAUGAGCAAUCCUAGGCAAUUUAAACUUCAAAAAAAACAUUGUUCGAAAUUAGAGGGAACAUUUUUUAACUAAUUCAAGUGUUUUUUUUGUCAAUUUCAUUUUUUAGAAUGGAAUUUGUGACUCAAAUCUUGGAAUAGAUAUGGUAGAAGACUACGAAAAAUGGUUGGACGAAUUGAGAUUUGGCAACAAAUUUGAAAGCCCAAAAAUUUAA